CUCGCUGCUGCCCAUUGCACGCCAGAUGUCUCUCCGGUAGCCGCGACGUCCCCUGGAUAUCUGGCAAAUAUCGGGGCGCUACCAUGUCGUACAACCAGCGCGAGACUCCGAUCCUCGCCGAGCUCUGCACCUUCCUGGUCGAGGAUGUUCACGGCGAACUCGCAGCGCGCGUCUACUCGGUGCUCGCGCGCCACGGCCGCCAGACGCUCGCGGCAAUCGCCCGCGCCUCGUACCUCAACGGCCGCCAGAUCAAGUCGGGCCUCGUCAUCCUGCUGCAGCAGCACCUCGUCUUCCACUCGGGCAACGAUGCCCCGCCCACCUACUACGAGAUCGACUGGCUGAACUCGUACGCCCUCGUGCGCCUGGGCAAGGUCACCAAGCUGGUCGAGGACCGCUUCGGCAGAAAGGCCGCCAACGUCAUGUCCAACCUGCUGGCCCUCGGCCACACGCGCGUCGCAGAUCUCAAGGACGCCUACUUCCCGCCCCACACCGACACCGACGAUGACUCAGACGACGGCCUUGCAAACGGCGCCGGCACCAAGAGGAAGAGGGCGAACGGCACCCACGCGAACGGGACGAACGGCGGGCCCCCGGAGCCAAGCCUCACCAACGGUGUCCACAAGCAGCCCAAGGCAAACGGCGUCACGAAUGGCGUAGGCGCAGGACAUGACGAGCACGCAUCUGACGAGCACGCUGACGGCGAGAUCACCUCGGUCGACGACCUCUACAACACCAUCGAGCGGCUGAUCAAGUGCGGUUGGGUGCGCACCGUCACCGAGACCCAGUACCUGUCUCCAGGAGACAUGCACGACAUGCUUCAGCAGGAGGCCAUCGAGCAGGACAAUGCAGGCGUCGUAGCCACGGGCAACAAGGACAAGGACAAGGUUCAUAGAGGGACCCAGGCCCGGAAACGAAAAAUGCGCGACGACUGGCUUAUCGUGCCCAAGUUCACGCGCAGGGGCCCAACCAGCGACUCCGACCACAACGGCGCAAACAAGCGCGUCAAGAUGAAUGGAACAAACGCUUGGUCAGCAUCUGGCGCCUCUUCGCCCGAGGACAACCUCGUCAUUCGCGUCAAUCCAGAGAAGAUCGCUGUGGCCAUGCGCACCGAGCACCUCGUGCAGCUAGUUGAACAACGGCUUGGCUACGUCACCGCCCAGAUAUACCAGACCAUGCUCCGCAUGCUGGAAUACAACAUCCCGCGAUGCUACGAGGAGUGGCCAGAGCCUCCGCCGCUUAAUGGAGACCUCGGUGAAGAUAUGGGCAUUGACCCCCGCUUCCUCGUCACUGCUCGAGAUGUCAUGAAGAAGCUCAGCCGCGACCUGGACAUCUGCGAGGGGCUCGAUCCCAACGCAAUCGUUUCAAUCACGAGAAAAGGUCACGUUCGCAAGAACAUGCUCAGCCAGCCUACCGAUCCAGCGAACCUCAGCACAGAUGAGAAAACGCGCAUCGUAGACAAGCAUAUCCAGAUGCUUGCUGAAGACCCCUUGCAUUUCGUGACCUGGCACUCCCGCGCUGGGUACUCGCAAUGGCACAUUGAAUUCGAGGAAAUCGCAAAACAGAUGAUCCAGAACGAGGUCGAGAACACAAUAUCCGCCAGGAAGGGCGCCUUAGGUGUCAAGUUGAUUCGCGCCUUGAGGAAAAAGGGCAAACUAGACGAACGCGCCACCUGCAACGCCAUGAUGAUGUCCGCCAACGACAUUCGCGGUGUCGUCAACGAUCUCACCGUCCAAGGCUUCGUCCAGACACAGGAAAUUCCCAAAGUAGAGAGGCGAGAAGCAAAACACUCGUUACAUCUCAUCUGGUACGAUCGGCAACGCGCUCGCGAGAAGCUGCUCCACGACACAUACAAGGGCAUGGUGCGCAUCCUGCAGCGCAUCGCCUUUGAACGUGAGAAAGCGCUGCCUCUACUCAGCAAAGCGGAGCGCUCCGAUGUCGUUGGCAACGAAGAAAAAUGGCUAAGCAAAGGCGAACUCGACGCGCUGAAGAAGUGGAAAGAAGUACAGGAAAAGUUGCUUUUACAGCUGUGCAGAGAGGAUGAUUUAGUGGCUACUCUGCGCGACUUCCACGGUCCUCUCAUAUCGGCGUAAUCAUUGUCUGCCUCUGGCCUAUCUGAUACAAGGAAAAGUUUUGCGGAGUUUUUACUAUUGCGUUCUAUGGAGAAGAUUCAACGCCAUCUGGUAUGAAUGAUACCCUAAGCAUAUGGGCCGGAGUUUCAGCUGCCAUUCUGUAGCAUUUCUAGGGGUGUACAUGUAAUGUAGAUGACGUGAGGCUUAGACUUUGUUCGUAUGUGAUGCACAUUGUUCGACUUUAACUACUAUACAAACGUGAGCUGGCCGAACACAGAACCAUGUCCUCUCAACUAGAGAUGUGUACCGUACAUACAUCAGCAUGAGAAUUUAUCCGAGCACCACGGCAUUACAAU